AUGGCGUUCGCAUAUCCCACAAAACAGACCGACAGAGAGACAAAAACAAAAGAACUGGAAAGAAACAGAAUCAACUUUGUCCCUGAAGGCAAAACGGAGCUUUUCUGCUAUGCGAGUAACAUGCUUUCAGCAGAUGAUAAUACCAAGAAAUUGCGUGGACGGGUUGAGAUUCUUGAUUUUCUGCAGGAACAGUCAAAGUCAACUUCUGCUUUUACGCUCGUUGCUGGCUAUGGAAACGGCACUUUGCAUCCACUCAGUCUUGAUCAGGACCUUUUCACGGUCAUACUGAAGACAUUUAAUUUACCGGAGAAGGUCCAUGAGGUAAUCUAUUCUAUCCACGGAGUAUUUGCGAGGUUCGUUGAGUCGGAUGAUGGUGAUGGAGACGGCCCCAAAUCGUUGCUAAUCCUCCUCUCCACACCAAAAGCACCAGUACGAGAAGUCUUCUGCACAAUGCGCAUCACCCCGGCAUUGAAUACAGUGACCUGUCUCCUCUUCGAUGCCCAACUAACCGACCUUGGCCGUAUCAUCGAAUCCGUGCACAACAUCAAUAGAGAUAACCCUGCACGACUCUCCGCAUGGAAAACAGCCUUCCAAUUUCUUCUCUUUCUAGCCCGCGAACUCGGGCAUACGUCUGAAUCUAAACGCCACGCUUUGGAUAGGUCUAUUCUCGGCGCCGAAGUGCAGACCAAGUCGACGCCAUGGGAUGAUCCGAGUAGGGCGCUGGUACGCUGGCCGAAUGAUAUACAUGAAGCGACGAGUGUGCUUCAUUUGUGUCAUAACAAUCUACUGUUUGUUGCUCGCGCGGUGGAGUUUGAGAUUGAUCUUUGGAGAUGGCUGCGCCGGCUUGUUGUGGGUGGUGAUAGUAAAAAUGAGGCAUUGCUGUGGUUGAGAGGUAGCGAUGUUAGGGCUGGGGUGUGGACUGCGUUGAUUGACUCCAUCGACUUCGAGAUGGUGCAUACGAUGAAUAAGAAGACGCAAAUUGAUUGUCUCAAGGAGCGCAUUGGGGUGCAAAUCAAUCUAAUUAACAACCUAAUCGCCCAUCAAGAGAGUUCUCAAACAAACCUCAUUGCUAUUGUAGCUUUGGUUUUUGCGCCUGCGAGUUUGAUUGCUUCUAUAUUCAGUGCAGGCAUCUUCGCGACUGACCAUAGGUCAUGGAUUGCAUAUGUUGCAUUGACCGUGCCAAUCACUAUUUUGACUGUCUUGACUGGUGUCAGUUUCCUGGAACAACAGAAGCUGAAGCAUUGUUUGUCUUUCGAUGUCUCCUCUUUGAUUAUGACUUGA